AUGGUGGAGAAUAUAAUGGAGGUAUUUAUGGAUGAUUUUUCUGUUUUUGACAAUUCAUCUGAUAGUUGUUUGACAAACCUUGAGCAGGGGAUAAUGCUUGGGCAUAAGAUCUCGGAAGAAGGGAUUGAGGUAGAUAGGGCGAAGACGGAGGUAAUUGAGAAGUUAAUUGCUUCGGAUACGGUUAAAGGAGUUCGGGCAUUCUUGGGCCAUGCAGCUUUUUAUCGUCGGUUUAUCGAGAAUUUUUCAUCUAUUGCGAGGCCUUUGACUAGUUUUCUAGUAAAAGAUGCCCCUUUUGAGUUUACAAAGGAGUGUCAUGUUGCUUUUAAGAAGCUAAAGGAGGCGCUUGUGACCGCUCCUAUUAUUUCAGCUCCGGAUUGA